CGCCGGGCGGCGCGGCGCGGAGCGGGGACGUCCCCCAGCCCGGAGCCGGCGGCAGGAGAUACCGCUGAAGUACCUGCUUUCUACCGCUUUCCUCAUUUAACUUCCCCUUGGGGUCAACUGAUCAGCAUGCCUUCUACCAAGAACACCUCGAAACUUUUCCUGGUCCUCAUUUCAUUGCUGCUGGUGCUGCCAGUAGUUGAAGCGCUGGACGCAGGAGAUACCAUCGCCUUCCUACUAGGCCUCGCUGUCAGUGUCGUCGGAUUCUGUGCCUGCCUUGGCUUGUACGCAAGGAAAAGGAAUGGGCAGCAAUGAUUUCAAGAAGAUGCUCAGAUGAAGUGAAUUUCCAAACACGGCUUGGGGUUGAGAUCUGGGGCGUAAGACUGAGUUUUGGUUCUGGAUAACUUUCAAAAACCAUGUAGUAGAUAUUUCUGCAAACCCCUCUUACUGUGCAGUACAACAGAAUCAAGACUGUAUCCAGUAAAAGGGAUUUGUAGGAUCUGUCCUCGUGACAGUAAGAUGAUUUUAUAUUGCUUGUGAUUAAAUACUGCCUUAGAGAAGGAUAAGAACUUUUCGAAUGGGGAAGGAAAACCAUAGAGUGGUUCACAGUAAAUGUUUAUAAAUGGAACACAUGAGGGAGACCAUCAACAAGUUCCACAAUUUUGGUUUCAAGGGUUAAUCAGGAGGAAGCAGCUAUUAAUCUUCCAGUCAGGAUGACAGAGCUUUGGAAGUACCCCUAACUAGAUAGCUAGCGAGCAGACUGCUUUGACUUGUGUGCAUGUGCUCACAUUCUUUGUAAUGACAGUUAACACCUAACAGCUCACUUCUGCUGUCACAGGGAUGAGACUUCAGAGAACUAAGAAAACAUGGAGAACUUCCUUUCUUAUGUAUUUUUAUUUUAGAAUGUGCCUCUCCUGUAGCCUGUGUUCUUGUUACUAAGUAGAUGCACUUAAGAAUGGGACCACUAUUUUUCUUUAAUGUGUAUUUCACAGAAAAUUACAUGUAAGGCUAUGUAAAUCAGAUUAAGGAUAUGGUUUUUUUGUCUCUUGUUUAUUUUUUGUACUCAGCUUUCCUUUAGGCACACCAGCUUUAAGGCUUAUUUCAUUUGGUGUUUGUAUUUUUUUUCCCCAAAACUGAAGAGUUACCUAUUUUAAUGAGGAAUUGUGUAGUAUUUCUGCAUUAGGGGGUUAUUAGAAUUAUAACAAGACAGGUGUGCACACGUUUCUUUUGCAAUAUGGAAAGAACAUGUUUUGUUAAAAUCCUGAUUUUAGUCAACAGGUCCAUUGUUCUCGAGUGUCUUCCUCACAGCAAACUUAUGUUCCUGGCUAAACAUUUAGGCUUCUUACCUAACUGAUGCAUAUGAGUUCCACAGAAGAUUAGGACCAAAACCAAAGUAAAAAAUCCUGAUGCAAAAUGGGAGAUGUAAAUAGUCUUACUCUAUUCAUGCUCAGUCAGAUUGUAUGGUAUAUGGCUGAAAGACUCUACUCAGUAGGAUAUCAAGGACCUGUUUCUUUCUUUAAGUACCAAAGGUGAAAUGGCAUAGCCAAGAAUGUCUACCACAAGUCCCUCUGGCUUGUUACGGUGUUCUAGCUGUCCGCUUGAGACAAGGAGCACAAUCUGUAACAGCAGCAGAGUAAGGAGCAUAGGAAGGUGAGCUCUCCACAGUUCACAGAAUUUCUUUCUUAUCUUGUGCUGUGGACACUGUCACUCUUGCUAGAAAUCUUGGCUUUUAUCUUUCAGAGCUGGGAAAAAAGGUUAAAUGUGAUGCAGAGCUAUAUAUUUUGAUACUAUCCUCCCCUUCCUCUGUAAGUGUCUCUGUUCAGUAGAGCACAAAGCAAUGGCUAGAAGAGUUGUCCAGCAGGUCUUAUAUAAAGUCAUUGGGUGGCCAGACCAUGUUCUCCAAAUUCUAAGAUUUCUGUGUGCCAUUUGUGGCUGGUUUGACUUCUCUCUCCAACCUCUGAGGAGACAGAAGCCCUGGUUAUUUCAGUCUUGCAAUUUAUGUCCCUCUCUCGUGAUUGAUAGAGGGAGGUAAAAUGAAAGGUAGAAGGUAAAAUGAAAGUUUCCAAAAUUGCGUGGGGUUGAAACUGUAGGACUCAACCCAGCAAGCCACAAGAAUGUAGAUUCUGUUCUCAAGUUACAGGAAUAAUAAUGGUCACAAAGUGUCCUGGUUUUGGCUGGGAUAGAGUUAAUUUUCUUCUUAGUAGCAGGUACAGUGUGUUUUGGAUUUAGUGUGAGAAUGAUGUUGAUAACACUCUGAUGUUUUAGUUGUUGCUAAGUAGCGCUUAUCUUAAGCCAAGGACUUUCCAGUUUCCCAUGCUCUGCCAGCAAGCAGGUGUGCAAGAAGCUGGGAGGGAGCAGAGCCGGGGCAGCUGACCUGAACUAGCCAAAGGGAUAUUCCAUACCAUGGAACGUCAUGCCCAGUAUAUAAACUGGAGGGAGUUGGCUGGGAGGCGCAGAUCGCUGCUUGGGUAUCGGUCAGCGGGUGGUGAGCAAUUGCAUUGUGCAUCACUGGGUUUUUUCCUUGGGUUUUGGUUCUUUUUUUUUUCCCCCUUUUUUUUGUUAUAUUCCUUUUCAUUACUAUUAUUAUUAUAUUUCAUUAUUAUUGUUGUUAGUAUUAUGUUUUAUUUUACUUUAGUUAUUAAACUGUUCUUAACUCACAAGUUUUACUUUUUUCCCCUGAUCCUCCUGCCUGUCCCACUGGGAGGGAGGGAGGAAGGAGUGAGCGAGUGGCUGCGUGGUCCUUAGUUGCUGGCUGGGGUUAAACCACGACACAGUUACUCUGAUGAGAUGCCAGUCUUGCCAGGUAGCUUUCUUGAGGCCUUUUUGCGGCUUCCAAAAGUCAGAAAGGGACAUGGUGCACAAUUGCUAUGUACAAAUGAAAUUUACAGCCCUAAGAGAAGCUUCAGACAGUAGAGCCACCUUUGAAAGCUGCCUAGCAGCAGUAGAUGAUCCUGUAUGUGAUUAUUGAACUAGGUGGAUGCAAGCACACAUCAAGUGUGAUCUUCCAUGUUCCAGCUUGGCUAAACCAUUACCCUUAAAAAAAAAAAAAAACAAACCAAACCCAAAUCACCCCUCAAUUGACUUUAUUUUCCCAAAAUUAGAGAAUUUUGCCAAUUUUUCAGUAGAAUAUAAAAUAUUGCUCUUUCAAUAGAAUAAAUUUUAUCACAAGGAGCUUUUCACAGACUCCUUUAUCUUCACUUCGCAAAAGAUCCCUGGCAAUAGUUUCACAGAAUUGUGCAAGUUUCACUGCAGGAGAACAAAAUUUUAGCAGAGUAAUUAGCGUCAGGCGAUAGGGAUAUGAGGAACUGUGUUCUUUGCCCGAAGCUGUAUGUACUUCAUUGAAAGGUGUUUGCACAGUGUAAUGGCGUUGUUUCCUGGGUUCUGACAGAAGCUUUAUUGUUAAAGACUUGCAUUUGUCGAUGACUUGAGUGUAAAAUUGGAUACCCCUGUUUUUCUUCUGUCUUAAUAAACUUUCACGUAUGAUUUGUCA